GCAUUUAAUUAGUGAGGAGGAAGAAGAAGACGGGCCGGGACAGCGCGCCGCCCCUCCGCUCUGCUCCGGGCUCCGGUUGGAUCCACCGCCGUCUCCGCGCUCCGCAGCUCUGACGCAGCGGAGAAACGUUUAAACUGAGAUUAUUGAGCGAGUUGAGAGGAUUUAGCGCGCGCUGCUGGAGGGUUGACAUGUUUUUUGUUAAAUUUGUGUUUCCCAUCGUUGGAGUUUAAAGUUUUUGGAUCACUGAUUUUGUGAAACUUGUGUUUAAAGUUUCUGCGCUGCGCCCCGGCGGCGCGCAGUGACUGAUGAUUGAUUUGGAAACGUCAGCGCCGCCGCUGUGCGCCGCGCCGCACACUCCAUCCUCCUCCCGGCGGGGCUGAGGGAAAGUAAGAAACCACCUGUUGUGGAAGUUUCCUGGAGCUCGUGACGGAUAAAGCCGAGCGGCUGAAACCAGACUCCGGACAGAGCCGAGCGGGAGGCGCGCGGGCGGCGGAAUGCGGAUUUUACGCACGGAGCAGACGCAGUUUGAAAAAAGAAGAAGAGGCUUCCGUGCGCUGGUGAUGAGUGUGUCCGGGCUGAGUGCCGCGUGUCUGCAGUGAGCAUGUCGUCAUGGUGUCCCGGGCUCAGAUGAGCCGCGCGGCGGAGCUCCGGACGGGAUGGCUCGGGAGGACGCGGUGAGGUGUCUGCGCUGUCUGCUGUACGCGCUCAACCUGCUCUUCUGGCUGAUGUCAGCAUGUGUGCUAGGAGUGGCAGCCUGGAUCAGAGACUCUCUGAACACUGUCCUGACCCUGACAGCCCACACCAGGUUGGAGGAGGCGGCGGUGCUGACGUACUCUCCAGCUGUCCACCCCGUCAUCAUCGCCGUGUGCUGUUUCCUCAUCAUCGUGGCCAUGGUGGGGUACUGCGGCACGCUCAGGUGUAACCUGCUGCUGCUCUCCUGGGUGCGUCCACGUUUUUUUAUCGCAGUCGGCUGAAGGACGAUUCAGUGACUUCGGCGUCAGCAGAAUAAAACCCGACACAUAUGCAGUGAAAAUUCACUGUUCAUGUAGUUCACACACAUUUUCAGAGCACGCUCAGCUUUUGCUUUUUGUAAACUUGUAGAUUAUUUCGUCUUCAGUUAUUCCUGUAUGUGUUUGUAAUUUAAGUGAUGAACACGAUGCAAGUUGUAGCUGAGUGUGUGUGUGUGUGUGUGUGUGUGUGUGUGUGUGUGUGUGUGUGUGUAGAAAUGUUGGAUGUGCCUGUAAAUGUAGUUUAUGUGAAUUUUUCAAUUACACUUGUCUUUAGAAGGGGUUACGUCAGCAUGCAAAUAUGCAAAAACUGCAGUAGAUGAGAUUUGGGCCGUAGACUCGUUCAGUUACAGUUAUAGACGUAAACAUAUGUAAAUCUGCACGUGUGCAGCAUCGCACGAAUGUAAAGUUUUAUCAAACACAACAUAUACAAAUGUAACAUCUGCACUGUGAUUUUAAGCUGCAUCUGCACAACUUUACAUAAAUGCGCAUUUUCACUACAUGCAGCUGCAGCAAGGUGAGUCCAUUGAGAUAUUCAGGAAAAAUGUGCAUUUGCAAUAUUUUCCCUCCAUGAAGUUAAAUUCAUACAGAGUUAAACUAUACAAUGUACAAAUGUGUUCCCUGAACACACUGUACGUAAAGUCUGACUUUCAACCCAUGAGAUGAGCAGACACAUCGAGCUGCAGGUGAGCACAGGUGACUGUGUCUCUGGUCACU